GAGAGAGAGAGAGAGAGAGAGAGAGAGAGAAAGUCCAGCAUCAGACCAGUGGAAGAGCUCAGGGCCGUAAUAGUAUCUCGCAGUCGUUAUCGUAUCUCUUUGCGUUUCCCCAUAUCUGCUUUCUGAAGCGAGCUAGAGUGUUGGUUUGGUUUGGGGUUCUCUUGCCAGUAGUCUUAUCAACACCAAUAUUUCAUGUUAUCAUUUGCAGGAUAUGGCAAGCUUUGUAGCAACGAUAAGAAGGCUAUGGGGUGAAUGGGAACUGAGGUCCUUAGUUCUCAUUAGCCUCCUCAUUCAGACUAUACUAAUUUCCUUGGGAAGUGUCCGAAAGCAUAGAGCAUCCAGAACGAUCAGCUUCCUGGUUUGGUCUUGUUACUUGUUAGCCGAUUGGGUUGCAACUUUGGCUCUUGGUGUCCUUGCUAAGACCUUACUAAUGAACAACUCUUCUGAUGGAGAUAAUCAGUCUGGAAGCAGCAGCGAAAAAGAUGAUGAGCUUAAAGCAUUUUGGGCACCUUUUCUUCUACUACACCUAGGCGGCCCAGACAACAUCACAGCUUUCUCAUUAGCAGAUAAUGAGCUUUGGUUAAGGCAUUUGGUUGGACUCCUAUUCCAGGCUGCAACUGCAAUUUAUAUCUUCAUCAGUUCUUUGCCUGCUGAACCUACACUUUCCUUGCUGAUGAUCACCAUUCUCAUGUUAAUUGGUGGAAUCAUCAAGUAUGUAGAGAGGACACUGGCUCUCGUGAAAGCAAGCCGAGAUCAUUUUAGGAAGUCCAUGCUCACUAAACCUGACCCAGGACCUGACUAUGAAAAAUUCAUGGUGGAAUACACUUCCAAAAAGAAUGCCGGCCUUGAUAUAAGGAUAGACUGUGAAAGGGAACCUGAGUCGCCAAAGCAGCAGGAAAUUAAGGAAGAGAAUGAAAUAGAGCUGAUAUCGAAAGCUCAUCAUUUCUUUCAGAUAUUCAAGCGUCUUAUUGUUGAUCUCAUCCUCACUUUCCAUGAUCGAGAUCGAAGUCAGGACUUCUUCACCAAAACAAGUUCGGACAAAGCAUAUAAAGUUAUUGAGAUUGAACUUGGGUUUUUGUAUGAGGUUCUAUACACCAAGGCCCCUGUGGUUCGUACUCGCAUAGGUUGGAUUCUCCGCUUCACCAGUGUAUCCUCCAUUAUUGUUGUUUCAAGUAUCUUCUUUGCCUUCACUGACAAGCAACAAUAUCACAAGAUUGACAUAGCAAUAACAUGCGUCUUACUGAGUGGGGCUAUUGCUCUAGAUUUUUGGUCACUCACUCGAUUACUCUUCUCAGACUGGACCGUUGCUUGGAUGAAGAUGAACAACUUCAAUCGAUUUAUCAUGAGAAUUGUGUUUAAAGUUGUUUCUUAUAAAGGAAGAGUACUACUGCAACCCAAUGGAUCAAGGUGGUCUAAUUCCAUGUCUCAGUACAACCUGAUCAAUUUUUGCAUCAAAGAUCAUCAACCAUUCUUCUUGGGAAAAAUCAUGGAGAGCAUUCAUGUGAAGGACCUUUUUGAUACACACUGGUACAGAACUAAAAAGGAAAUCUCUGAGGAGCUUAAAAUAUACAUCUUCGAGGAGUUGCAAAAAGCGGCCGUUCCUGGGUCUGCAGGGUCUUAUCACUCUUUCCUGCAUUUUGGAACUAGUAGAGGUCAAUUGGCACUUCAAAGCAGGAUAAAUGAUCAACAAGGUCAUCAUGAAUUGGCAAACCAAAUCAGGAGACAUAAUCAAGAUGAUGAGAUACUAGAAGAUAGCAUCAAGGCUGAAUUUGAUGAAAGCAUUUUGCUUUGGCACAUAGCUACAGAUAUCUGCUAUUAUUUGGAUGGAGAAAAAGAUAAAUCCAAAACAGUGUUGUCUGAUCAGAGAAAAAGUAGGGACAUAUCCAAUUACAUGUUAUAUCUUCUUGUAUCACGUCCUUCAAUGUUACCUGAAGGAAUUGGACAAAUCAGAUUUGGGGAUACCUGUGCUGAGGCCCAAAGGUUUCUCCGCCAAGGAGGGGGGAGAGAAACUGAGGAACAAGCCUGCAAAAGGCUGCAUGAGGUGAACACAGAUAUUUCACUCCUAAAUGUGAAAGGUGACCGAUGUAAAUCUGUAUUAUUCGAGGCAUCCAGAGUUGCAAAAGCAUUGUUGAAACAAGUACCUGAUGAUGUAGAAAAGAGAUGGACAAUGAUAAGCCUUUUGUGGUUGGAGAUGUUGUGCUAUGCGGCAAGUAAAUGCAGAGGAUAUUACCAUGCUCAGAGACUUAGUGCUGGCGGGGGAGAGCUUCUCACCGUCGUCUGUUUUUUAAUGGUUCAUCUUGGUAUAGGAAAGCAGUAUCGUAUACAUAGAGGCCAUGCUAAAGCUAAGUUAAUGGUAAAAAAUGAUGAAACCGGAAUCCUACUUCCAGAUGCAGGACCGCAUGAAAAGACCACCUUCCCGCCUCUGUGGUCAAGGACUCCCAGCGCUAUCUCAUUUUUCCGAAAGCUGCUGCAGUCUGCAGUAGAAGCAGGUAGAAGCCAUAAGACUGGAUAGCGAUCCCUCUCCCUCUGUUCUCUCUUUCAACUAAAUUUUCACAUUGUUCUAAUUAGCUUCUGUUUAUGCUGGUUUGUUUAUUUAUAGAAGAGGCUGUUCCCAUUAAAUUGGGACAAGGCUGAGUUUGUUGUCGUUGUUUAUUUAGAAAAGAAAAUCUAGCCUACAUGAUCCAAAUUAUCCCCCCAGCUU